CAGAUUUGAGGCCUGGGCCAGCCAACAUAACAGCACAGUUUUGGUCGUGCUGGACCUCACUGGAUUGUUUCUCCACUUUGGUUAACCCGCACACAUUCCGAUUAGACAUACAUCUUCCCGAUUCCAAUCGAGUCGCUGUUGAAAAUGAAUGACUGUCAAUUUUAUGAGAAUUCUGCUGAUGCGGAUUAGAAAGAUUUGAUGUGUCACGCCAGACAUGUCGAUGGAUUGGAUUUGGAUCGCUCUGGCUCUCGCAGUCACUCUUUGUCGUAUCGUUCAGUCAUUGUUCUUGGGGAUGCUGUACGACGUAUCGUGCCAGAUACUUGGUGAAGAAGUAUUCGACGAUCAACAUCAUGGCGGAUUAAAUUAACUUGCGGUGACUUACUGUAAAAUUUUGCCUUCCACGUUGAGUCAGUCACACCGUGUGGUCGACGCGUGGACUUGAUGAUCACCAAUAAGCGGUUGCAAUGAAUCUGAGUGCCUGAUGUGUUCCUGCCAUGAAGAUUUAUCAGAAGUUAAAUUCAUCAAUUUUCAAAUUUAUGAUUGAUGAUUUGAAAUUUUUUAAAUUUCCACGAAGAAGUUGUGUGGAUUGAUCGACCAACCCAAAUACAAGAGGAGUAGAAAAAAAUGCAGCUAUCAGUAUCCAGAAAAUCUAAAAGUAUCAGUUAUCCAGAUGUUUCAAACAAGUCAACUACUGCUCCGACAUGAAGUUCUUUAUUAUCCUCGUUGCAUUUGUUGCGUUCGCUGUUGCCGAUUCAUACAAGGCUGCUGAAUACGAGGCUCCCAAGUACGAAGCCCCGAAAUACGAGACUCCUAAAUACGAGGCUCCUAAGUACGAAGAAGUAACAUACGCCCCUCAACCCUACAGCUUCGGAUACGACGUCCAGGAUAAAGAAUCUUACACUGACUUCGAGCACAACGAGAAAUCUGACUACAACGUAGUCACUGGAUCUUACCGUGUGGUUCUCCCCGACAGCCGCGUCCAGAUCGUCACCUACAAGGCUGACGCCAACGGAUACACCGCUGACGUUAAAUACGAAGGGGAAGCCAAGUAUCCCGAGAACGCUGAGUCCAAAGCUGAUGCUUCCUACUCCGCUCCAUCCUACAAGGCUUCCGAAUACCAAAAACCGGCCUACGUCGCCCCCACUUACGCCGCGCCAUCCUACACUACCCCAGCCUACAAGGAGCCGGAGUACGAAACUCCAGCCUACACCACUAAAGCUACUGCUCCCUACCCAAAAUAUUAGUUCCCGUCAAUUGUUCUUUCUUGAUUCUGAGAUUAUAAUUUAAAAGUCUUCAAACGAUUUAAAGUCUCCCACUGGAAAAUCAGUUUAAUGCUAGUCCAAGAUUCACUUCUCAUUUCUCAACAUUCUUCCUUGUUUGUGAUAAUGAAGUGAUCAUAGAAAUCUACAAGCUAGGUGGCUAGUCAAGUAGUUAGUUGGACAGUGUCGAAAACCGAUGUAAAUUUAUCAAAUAACGAAAUAAAUAAAUUG